GCUUUCGCGAUACCAAUCCAACUAUCUCGAUCACCAAUUUCACAUAAAACGCCUUUUAAAGCUAAGAAAGCUAUGCCUUUCUAUAAAUACACUUAAUUAGCGCGCGGUCGUGGUCCUCUGGUGUUUACCAAUUAGGUAGUGGCAAGUUACGCUUACGAUUAUGAAGGAACACUUAUUUUGAUCUUAAAACUGAAGACAAUGUGCGCAAUCCACCUGCUAAUGAUUGUUAAGUGAAGAAAGCUUUACGUAAACUCAGCAUAGGUGAGCUCGUGAUGUGAAUGUUACAAGUGAAUACAGACUCUUGACCAACCGUUUAGUCCAGGAGCCAAACUUGCCUUUCUUCGGACUUUAGUCAGUUGAAAAUGUACCAUACCGGGCGACUCGGCAGUGGCAGCAGCACCUCGACAUCCUCGGGAGGAUCGUCGGAUCUGCGGGUGUCCGGUGCCGUGGAGUUGGCAGACCCCGCCAAUACUGCGCAGAUACUAGCUCAACUGCAAAAUCCUGAUCGAGCCCGAUUCUCCGACACCAGCUGGCAGAUCCACCGGACCUGGCGGCGCGAGGACUCGCUCCCGCUGUCGCCUCCACCGCUGCGCACCGCGGCAGCUACGUCAGCACCCGCUCCACAACUCCGCAAUGACCAGAAUGGCAUCUAUGACACCAUUACGACACGAGCCGUCAGCGCUCCAGCCACUCCCGCCGGGGCGUUAUUUGGAAGGGAUCAAACUGGCGCGCGGUCAGCGAGCUUCCCCGUCGGCGGGUCCGCAGGGCGGCUGGACCUGUGCUACGUGGCCGAGCGUAUGCUGGCGCUACACCUGCCCGACCGCGACGCGCACGCUGAGGCGCAGGCCGCGCACAUGCUUACCAACAAGCACGGCGAACAUUUCAUGGUGUUUGAGGUGAGCUGUAGCGACGGCAGCGGAGCGGGGCGAGAUGCGCGUGCGGCAUUUGGGCGCGCGCGAGCGUUGGGCUGGGCGGGGACGCUAGCGCCGCCGCUGGAGCGACUGUGCGCCGCUUGCAAGCACAUCGAGAGCUGGCUCGCCGCGCACCCGCGGAACGUAGCUGUACUACUCGCCUGGGGCAACCGAGAACGACUGGGCGUGUUGGUAGCGGCGUAUAUGCACUACUCUGCGAUCUGCGGCGCGCCCGAGCACGCACUGGACCGGUACGCCAUGCGGCGCUACCUCGACGACCGCGUGCCCGUCUUCCACCUGCCCUCCAACAAGAGGUACAUCGACACAUUUGCUGGCCUGCUGGCGGGGCAGAUCCGCGUGAACGCGGCGCCGCUGCACCUGACGCACGUGAGCGUGGCCGGCGCACUGGCUCCGGCCUCGGAGCCCACCAUCGCCUUCCUGAAGAUCUACGAGAACUUCGUCUGCGUCUAUACCUCGGGCUUGUACAUGGUUAGCGGCGGCGGCUGGACCGUGGGCGUGGGCCGCCUGGCGCUGCGAGGCGACGUGCUGGUGCGAGCGUACAGGAGACCGGCGCAGGCGCAGCAGCGGCGGCUCGUGUUCGCGUGCCAGUUCCACACGUGCGCCGUCGCGGACCACACGCUCUCCUUCACCAAGCAGCAGCUGGAUCACGCCGCGCACGACCCAUCGUUCCCGUCCGACGGCGCAGUGGAGCUGGUGUUCUUGCGCAGCGAGGGCGGCGGCGGCGCGGCGCCGGCGCCCACCCCCGCGGCCCCGCUGCGCGCCGCGCCCGACGCGCUCGCCCGCGCCGACUCGCUCGACCACCUGCGCCCGCUCUCCACGCUCACCGAUGAUGACCCUGGUGAAAACAACGGCAGCGCCGAAGGUUCCGGGUCGGGAGGCGAGGCCGGGGAGGGGGCUGAAGCGGCGCACACGUUCGGUCCCCUCGACGGGUCCAUCUACGCCACAGUGGUGCGCGCGGGCGGCGGGCCCGCGUCCCUGCUCAGCGCGUCCAUGGACUCCGGCAUCUCGUCGGCGGGGCGGCGCGCGGCGCCCAGCCCGCCCGACGAGCUCGACGCGCUGCUCGGGGACAUGUUGCGCACCGUCAGCGCGCUGCCCGACCCGCCCGGCGCGCAGCCUGCCGCCGCGCAAUCGCACUCCGAUCGCGCGCCUGACAUACCGUAUCACGCGCGCGCCGACUCCGCUCCCUUCACCUACGGAGCGCCAGGCUUGCGACCCGGCAUGCUGCGCGCUCCCAACCGCCUGGCCAGCCCCGAGCUGGUGCGGCGGGCUCUCGGCGGCGACCGCUCCUACCGACCUAUCGAAGACGACGACGACGAACGAGUCACCACCACCACCCCUGAACCGCCAUCGCCUCAUACCCCUGUUUCUCCGCGCACCCUCCGUAAACUUACUCAUGAAGAUGUCACCACUACCACCACAGCAGUACCACCGCCGGCCUCUCCUUUACGAAAUGGGAGGUGGUUGAACGGGAACGCGGAAUGGAUCGACCGACCUCCAAGUAACACUCGCAAGGCGAUUGAAGAAAAUGGGACGUGGCGAUCAGCAAGCACGUUGGGAUGGCACGAAAGUUCAAGGGCGAGGGAACCGCGAAGGUCAGAGAGUGCCUUGGAAGGCAGCACGGGCCUUACGUGGUUGCAGCGGCAACAGCAGAAACUUCGAGAAAGGAAAGAAGCCAGGGAGAGAGUCCAGCGGUUACCUCUUGAAUGGGAUGCCACUUCCAGACAUGUUCGCCGCUCUGCUAGCCACCGAAUGGACGGGUACACUAGCGACACAACAGCAUUUGCCGACGACGAUGACGACUUCAGUGUUCCCUUACACGUCAAUACGUUACGAACUCCACUUAGGAACGAUAGUAUCAGUCCUCAAGCACCUGACAGAACCUCAUCUAGAAAAUUCAUGUUCGAAAAGAUGACGAUGCGCGAGUGGAGUGGCAGCACCACGCCCAUCACGUCUACCACCGCGCCUGGUCUUCUGUCGCUAGCGGAGCCGCCCACCAAUGACACUAUCAUUCGGGAGCGGGCCGAAAGCUGGUCGAGGUCGGAGUCCCGCGCGGGCACGCCGCUGUUCCCCACGCACCCGCGCACGCCCUACCCGCCCACGCCCACGCCCUCGCUCAGCGCGCGCCCGCCGCGCUCGCCGCCCGUCACCAGAAAAGAGCGCGAAAGCAGCCCCGAAUCGGAGUAUCGGAUCUACAACGGCAGUUGCGGGUCGCGGCGCUCGAGCGCGGGCGGGUCGGAGCCGCAGCACGUGGCGCCCGACCGCGAGCGCUUCGCCAGGGACACCAGCCACUUCUGGUACAAGCCCAACAUCUCCCGGGACGACGCGGUAGCAGCGCUGCAGCACCUCGAAGAGGGCUCGUUCAUCGUGCGCGACUCGAACUCGUUCCCGGGCGCGUUCGGGCUGGCGGUGCGCUCGGGCGGCGGCGUGCGCCACUUCCUCGUGGAGCCGGCGGCGCGCGGCGUGCGCCUGCGCGGCUGCCCCGACGAGCCCGUGUUCGGCUCGCUGUCCGCGCUCGUCUACCAGCACACCGUCACGCCGCUCGCGCUGCCCGUGCCGCUGCGGCUGCCCGACAGGGAUCCAUGGAGCGGCGGCACCGCGAACGCGGCGGCUCGGGCCCUACUAGCAACAGGGGCGGCGUGCCACGUGCUGCUGCUCGGCUCCGAGAACACCGAGGCGCUGACCGGCCCCGCCGCCGUCAAGCGAGCCGUCACCAACAUUAUACUGAAGAAGGGAGGAGCGCACGUGGUACACUUCAAGGUGUUCGGCGGCGGCAUCACGUUAACCGACUCGGCGCGGAAACUGUUCUUCAGGCGGCAUUAUCCCGCCGCCAACGUGUCGUAUGCCGGCCUGGACCCGGACGAGCGACGGUACGCACACGUCGACAACGGCACCAAGAAUGAAAAACGCAUAUUUGCGUUCGUGGCGCGCGCAGCGACGGGCUCCGACAACCAGUGCCACGUGUUCGCCGAGCUGGAGCCCGAGCAGCCCGCCACCGCCAUCGUCAACUUCGUCAACAAGGCAUUACUCGGAAACUCGCAGAAAAAGGACAUAAUUUAACGGCCUCUAUCAUCAACUGACGAGUCUAAGUAAUGGAAUACUCAUUGACGUUUUAUGCACUAACAGUGAUCUACUAAACCCAAGCUAUUUUGUGGCAACACAUACAGAGUGAAUAAUCUAAAUGGACCAAUAUUUGGAUGUUUCACUCUGUAAAGUUGGGGAGCAUUAUUAUCCGUGUAAACACUGAUUAUAUUAACUACAUUUGUGAGAUGUUUCACAAAUUGAACUUGGUCACUAUGAACUAAUUCAUUUACUAGUAUAUAAAUGAACUCAUUUCAAAGAUUUUAUUUUUAAUACGCUUCGUAUUCACCAAGUACAAUUAACCAACCCUUUCGUUAGUUUUAAGCUAAAUUAAUAUAAAUGUUAUAUUAAUACUGUAGCAUAGAGAAGAAACUAACUAGUCUCAUAUAUUAAUUUAAUAUAUAAUGUAGUGAUAUCGAGCGUGCCUAUAUAAUGUUUAAAACGUCUACAUUGUCAAUGUGUAAUUAUGAGUUAAGGAUAAGAGUCCAUAAUUUGAUAAAAAAAGUAAUGCAAAUUUGUCAUCUAUCUGUUGCUCCAUUUGCCAUGAAAUUAAAUGUUCUAAAUAUAACACAUAACAUAUUUAGUAUCUAAGUAUAUAUCAAAUUAUUGAGAUAUUAUAACGAAAAAGCAUAAUGCUUAAUGGGCAUAAUCAGAAUCAUAUUAAUUUCUGCGCUAGAUAUAUGUAUAGUUUAAUAAAAAUGCGUACGCAUAGUUUAACUCAAACAAACUCUUAAACGUCUCUAUUGCUAUUACUAUUAUAUUACAAAUACCUAAUACAGACCCUGUAAUGACACAUCAAGUUAGUCUUUAUAUUAAAUAUACCUAUGUACUUAUGUUAAGCAUUAUUGUUUUUGUUAUGUGUUGUUGAAUUAGGACAGUUAAUUUUAUGCGUUUUAAUGUAGACCCGAUGAUAUGUUAUGACAUAAAUUUCAAUCAAUUAAUUACAUGAAAUUAUAUUUGUUAUGCGCUUUCAAUGGAUAUUUUGAAAUGCGGGUAAUGAGAGAAGAGAGUGUAUAAAUAGAAAAUAAAUAAAUGCGAUAGAACAAUAAUUCUAAUCAAUAAUGGAAGUCUUUCGUAGUGUAGUGGCUAACUUGUGAACCUACAAAUGUAAUGACUACAUACAUGAGAGUUUAGUAAUCAUACAACGAAUAAUAUGAGUACAAGAAUGCUUAAAACGACUCAAUAUAUAAUUAUAUAAAAAAUAACCUGUAAAAAUGUUAAUUUAAGAUGAAUACAUAGGUAGGUACAUUUCAAAUAUUACAGCUUUGAAAAUCCAAAAUAAAAACAUUUAAUAGUUAUUAGCACAGUAAUUACAAAAAACCCUAAAGUAAUUGGUACAAAUUAUUUAAUAAUUUGUCUAUAACAUGACUACAAACUAUAAAAACCAUAGUCGCAAUUCGUCAGUAGUAGUAGCCAAGUACAACAUAUAUCUAAGAUGGGUGCAAUCUUUAGUUGACAUAUUGCAUAUUAAUUUAUUAUUAAAGAGUACUAUUAUGUAGAGUCGACGUCAAAGAUAUGCUUACACUUUUGUACCUUACUCCUUUGUAAUAAGGCGAAAAAUGUAAACAUAUCUUUGACGUCAACUGUACCGUAUUAUACAACCUGUAAUCAAUAUUUGACGCCAUAGAUAUGCCUUAUAAGAGUACACCAGUGAUCUAAAUAAGAAUUAAUUUUAAUUCUUUAAUGAUAUCCAGUUAAGAUAUUAAUGUUAAAUGUAAGACGUUUAUUGUAAUAAAUAACUGUUGUAAAAUGUAUUUAUUGGUUAUAAUACAUUAUUUGAAAUAAA